CCCACUCAAGGUUGGCUCCGUAAUUCUAUGCCAAUCCAGCGGCGAACAAUAUCUUUCUACAUGCAUAUUACUCCGGCACUUGAUCACUCACUCUCUCUCUAUCUAUCUCUAAGAAGGUGAAGCGGUGGUGGUGAACAAUGGCAGCAAUCGGAGCAUUGAAGGUGCCUCGCAGCAGCAUUGAUAGGCUCACCGGCGAGAGAACCACCGACGACCACCGUGUGACGUCGUCGUCUUGGAGGCUGUCAUUUGCAUCGUCUCGUCUCUCCGGCGACAAGAUCUCGCCGAAAUUGGCUUCUCCACGACGCCGUUUCGAGGUCUGUUCCGGCGAUAGGAAGACUCCCUUCGUCGUAGUCUCUCCCAAGGCCGUUUCUGAUUCGAAGAAUUCGCAGACAUGUCUCGAUCCUGAUGCUAACAGAAGUGUUCUGGGAAUUAUACUUGGAGGUGGAGCUGGGACUCGACUUUACCCUCUUACAAAGAAGAGAGCAAAGCCAGCUGUUCCUUUGGGAGCAAAUUAUCGCCUGAUCGACAUUCCGGUCAGCAAUUGCUUGAACAGCAACAUAUCGAAGAUCUAUGUUCUGACACAAUUUAAUUCUGCAUCACUCAAUCGCCACCUCUCUCGGGCAUACGCAAGCAACUUGGGUGGCUACAAGAAUGAAGGGUUUGUUGAAGUUCUUGCUGCUCAGCAAAGUCCAGAGAAUCCCAAUUGGUUCCAGGGUACAGCUGAUGCUGUGAGACAGUAUUUGUGGCUGUUUGAGGAACAGAAUGUUCUAGAAUUCUUGGUUCUUGCUGGGGACCAUUUGUACCGUAUGGACUAUGGGAAAUUUAUUCAAGCCCAUAGAGAGACUGAUGCUGAUAUCACCGUAGCUGCACUGCCGAUGGAUGAAAAACGUGCCACUGCAUUUGGCCUGAUGAAGAUUGAUGAAGAAGGGCGUAUAACUGAAUUUGCAGAGAAACCGAACGGAGAACAAUUGAAAGCUAUGAAGGUUGACACUACUAUUUUAGGUCUUGAUGAUGAGAGAGCUAAAGAGAUGCCUUACAUUGCGAGUAUGGGUAUAUAUGUUGUGAGCAAAGAUGUCAUGAUGAGUCUGCUUCGGGACAAUUUCCCUGCAGCUAAUGAUUUUGGAAGUGAAGUUAUUCCUGGUGCAACUUCCAUUGGGAUGAGAGUGCAAGCUUACUUGUACGAUGGGUACUGGGAAGACAUAGGUACUAUUGAGGCUUUUUAUAAUGCCAAUCUAGGGAUUACCAAAAAGCCAGUGCCGGAUUUCAGCUUCUAUGAUCGCUCAGCACCAAUCUACACCCAACCUCGAUACUUGCCUCCUUCCAAGAUGCUUGAUGCUGAUGUCACAGAUAGUGUUAUUGGUGAAGGUUGUGUAAUCAAGAACUGUAGAAUUCACCAUUCUGUGGUUGGGCUUCGAUCUUGCAUAUCAGAAGGCGCAAUUAUAGAAGAUACACUGUUGAUGGGAGCAGAUUAUUAUGAGACGGAUGCUGACAGGAACUUUCUGGCUGCAAAUGGAAGUGUUCCAAUUGGUAUUGGCAAGAACGCUCACAUCAAAAGAGCAAUCAUUGACAAAAAUGCUCGCAUCGGAGAAAAUGUUAAGAUCAUUAACAGUGACAACAUUCAAGAAGCGGCCAGAGAAACAGAUGGAUACUUCAUAAAGAGUGGGAUUGUCACUAUAAUGAAGGAUGCCUUGAUUCCAAGCGAAACUGUCAUCUAGAUAUAUAUAUCCUCCUUCCGGAUCCGGACCCAAACCCAAAUCCAAACCCAAACCCAAACCCAAACCCUUUUUUGUUGCCAUAUAUGGGGACUCCC